CGACUGCUCUGCCCUCUUUGUUGACGUCGCGGGACUGGUUGCCAUCCAAGACUUUUGGACACGCCCACACAAAUCACCACCACCCCAUCCCUCAACCCGAACGGUGCGCCUGGAGGCUGAGUCUGGCUUGAAGUGUUCUCCGUUUACGAUAUGAUGACCUAGCAAGAAACAUAUCGGCCGCCGAGAGCUUACCACCACGACGACCACCGCCGCUACCACCCCCCUCUCUCGCGACAGACACAGAUCGACCUUGCUUCCCUCGAUAGUAAUGCUAUGAAUGAAACACCAGAAAGGGUCACGGGGGCGUUCCCCGCCACCCCUGCCACCAACAUCCGAGGCAGAGCUCCUCCAACACCAGACGGGACUCCCGAUCGAGGGCUGCCCGCCAGGGGGCCCGCUGCGAAGCCGCUGCCUCAAGCUCCCGAGAAUGCGCGACGACAGGACCAGCCCACGAGCAACCCUGUCAUACCACUCACAAUCCUCGAUGCGCCCACACAACGCUUCUAUGCCGUCGGCUUCUACGUGGCCCUCGUGGCUUGGAAGCUCUACGAAUGGGUCGGCCUGAUGGAGGACGAGGCCAGCUCGGUCUGGCUGUUCCUCAAGUGGAACGUCAUCGACCUCAUAUUCAUAAUGGGCCUCCCCGAGCUCAGGAUACCAUGGCUGGAGCUGACACAGCCCGCCUGCCUCGUCCUGUUCUUUGGGCACGCCGUCUUCAACUUCAUCUUGAUGUUCAACAUCACGGCUGGUUUUACGGCUGCCCUUCUUGCUUUCCUCAAGGUCUUCUACGACCGGGAGUUGGCCAUAUCCGAGCACUACGUCCAGCCGGCGCAUGUCCUGCAUAAUGCCUCUGUGAUCCUGGGCAAACAGAUUAUCAACAUCUUGCCCGAAGGCUCUGCCGUUCUCAACCCUGAUGGCAAGUCGUUCUGCCUCGGAGACUCCCAGCCUACGAUCACGCUGCCCAUGCUGUUCAACGAGACCGUCCCCGUCGAAGUCGAAGUCAUUCGCAUUGACCUGGACACGAACUCGCAAGAGAUUCUCAAGCUUGGGAAAGACCAGAUCAGGAGUAUCACGAAGAUGGCCAAGAGACGAGCGGACAACCCAGACGAGCCCGACGUCCAAUUCGACUAUCCGGUGAAGAAGCCCGGUGUCUACAAGCUGGGGAGGGUUCUGGAUGAGUACAAGUUGGAGGUCCAGCGCCUGACUGGCAACACCUACGUUGUACCAUGUCCAAAAGCUCGCGUUCUGCCCUCGCCAUCCUCGGACCGCUGCCUGGGCGACCUGUCCGACUUGUCGCUGCAGGUCGAGGGCACGCCGCCACUGAAGAUUGUCUACAGCCAGAUGAUCAAUGGCAAGGACCACAGCUUCCACUUCCAAAGUUUGCAGCCAGAGGGUUUCUCGUCACCACUCAUGGGCGCAAGUAGGUCUUCGGCCCUGGUGCUUCCGGAUGACGACUCUUACGUCACGUGGGCUCGAGCACAGAUUGUGACCGUGGGCCUGAACGAGUCGAUGAACGCCGGCGGAGAGUGGCAGUACUCUGUGGACGAGGUCCAAGAUGCUUUUGGCAACGUCGUUAAGUACGCGUCGCCGGCAGACGACCCAGAGAUGAAGCCGAAGCCGAAGCAUCUGGUGCAGCAGUUUAGCGUCAAGGACCGACCGACAGUGAGCCUCUUCGAUUGCAACAUGCGCCAUCCCAUCAAGGUUGCCAAGGGCAAGUCUACGAGCCUGCCCGUCAAAUAUGAGAUCGCAGAUCAGAAGCACAACGCCAAGCACUCACUCACCUGGCUCUUCUCACCUAUCGACACCUUGACUAAGAAUGGCGAUCACGGUGAAGCAGCCACACUGGGCACCUUCAAUGCAAAGAAGGCAGAUGACGUGCCAAAGGUCUCAGCCCCCGGCUUAUACACCCUCAAGACCGUCUCGGCGGGCGCUUGUGAGGGUGAGGUGCAGGAGCCCUCGUCCUGCCUCCUGCUGAACCCGCUCGAACCGAGCCUCGUACUGCGGUCCACCGACAUUCCAGACAAGUGCGCAGGUAACUCCAUCGGAGUAUCCGUGGACUUUGACUUUGUCGGAACUCCGCCGUUCAAGGUCUCUUACAAGGCGAUUCACAACGGUUCCCCCGAGAGGAGGAGCUUCAAGGCGAACAGUAUGAGGCACCAGGAGGAAUUCAUUCCCACCGUUGCAGGCACCCACAAGUAUGUAUUUGAGUACAUCAGGGACAGCGUAUACGGUGAUAUUGCCCUCACCGGACCAGACAUGGUCCUGGAAACCACAGUCAAGCCUGUUGCUUCGGCCAGCAUUCGGAAGCCUUCCGAGGUCGUCAACGCUUGUCUGGAGGAGGAGGUCGAAGUCGACGUUGUACUGCAGGGCGAAGCGCCUUUCACGCUGGAAUGGGAGCUCGUCCACGACGGCAGGAGGAGACAGCACAAGAUCUCGGACAUCCAAGACAAGCACGUCAAGCUCAAGACACCGCCGCUGACGCAGGGCGGAGAAUACUCGGUCGCCCUGAUCGCCAUCACGGACACGUCGGGCUGCCGCGGUUUCCUGCAGGACGAGAUGAAGAUAGCCGUGCGGCGCCAGCGGCCCCGCGGAGGGUUCGGCCAGCUGGACGGCAAGUUCAGGACGAGGACCCUGGAGGAGGCCAGGGUCAAGCUGCCCGUGCGCCUGAGCGGGGAGGGGCCGUGGGACCUUUACUACAAGAACGUCGACGAGGGCGAGACGGCGCAGCUUAAGAAGCGCACGCUCAAGUCUGGCAACGACUUCUUGACCGUCGACAAGCGCGGUGUCUACGAGAUCGUGGACGUGCAUGAUAACAGGUGCCCCGGGCUGGUCGACCCCCGGGCCAACCAGUUCGCGGUCGACUGGCUUCCUCGGCCGGAGCUUGGCCUGGUCAUGACGCCGAGCAUCAAGGUGGAGCGGGAGUUGGUCUAUUCCAAGAACGAGGUUUGUGAGGGAGACAUUGACGGUUUCGAGAUUGCUCUUAAGGGCUCGCCGCCAUUCCACGUCGAGUACGAGGUCAAGCACAAGCCUGAUGCCGGUGGUGUCUCGACGCCCCAGAAGAAGACCGUCGACGCCGCUCUCGGCAAGGCCUCCAUCCAGAUGGACACAACAAAAUCUGGUCUCUAUGCAUACAAGUUCACCGGGGUACAGGACAGCGUUUACGUUGACAACAAAAAGCUCAGCCCAGUCACGUUGCACCAGACGGUCAACCCCAGGCCCUCUGCAUCCUUCACGAAACCCGGCCAGACGUACAAAUCCUGCAUGGCGGACCAAGACAUCGAAGAGAGCAUCCCCGUCGAGCUGACGGGCACGGCCCCGUUCUCUUUAGAGAUCGAGAUCAAGCACCAAUCUGGCGCAGGCCUCGAGACGUACCGAAUCCCAUCCAUCCCGACAAACAAGUUCGACGUCCGCAUCCCCCGCCAGUACCUCAAGCUCGGCGGCCAAUCCGUGCGCAUCCGCCAGGUGGGCGACGCCCACGGCUGCCGGAAGACGUACGACGCCGGCGGCCCAUCCGUGCAGGUCCAACUCUACGACGCGCCGACCAUCUACGAGCUCGAGGGCAGGCAGGACUACUGCGUGGGCGAGCGCAUCGGCUACACGCUGUCGGGCACGCCGCCGUUCGAGGUCAUGUACACCUUCGACGGCUCGCAGCGCAAGGCCAAGUCGCCGACGACGAGCUUCCGGCGGCUGGCCGAGCACCCCGGCACGUUCGCGAUCACGUCGAUCAGCGACCGGGCGUCGGAGUGCAACUCGAACGUCAACAUCACCAAGGUGAUCCACCCGAUCCCGACGGUCAAGAUCUCCAAGGGGCGGACGUCGCGGGCGUCGAUCCACGAGGGCGGGGUGGUGGACAUCCUGUUCGAGUUCACUGGCUCCCCGCCGUUCGAGUUUGUGUACACGCGCAGCACCAACGCGCGCAAGGGCCAGCGCAGCCAGGUCCUCGAGACGCGGUCCGACAACAGCUAUGACUUCUCCAAGGUCGUCAAGGCGAGCCAGGAGGGCACGUAUGAGGUUAUUUCUAUCCGGGACCAGCACUGUUCGUUCCAGACUGCGCAGGUCCACGGGGAGACUGGGGAUAAGCGGCUGCAGUAUUGAGGCGUGUCGGCCCGUGGGAUGGGGGUGUAGAGGUUGGCGGGGGAUGGGGGGAAUUUUGAGAGCGGAGAGGGGAAGGAGGCGGUGGAAAAAUGGAUUUAUCGUAAAUACCCAGGCAGUCAGUCGGUCAGUCAGUGUUGGGUGGAGCUUAGAUGGGCCACGGUUUGUUCGGCUGGGGUUGCAUGAGCAUGGCGUUUUUUUCUCUCUUAUGUUGUGAGGCAUUUCUUGUGCCAUGAAAAAAUGAAUGGAACUACACGUUUGAUGCAGAAAGCAUUGCCGUCUGUGAUACGGAAUCGUGCUGGUGCCAGACUGUGAGGGGAUAAGUGUGAGUGGUUUUGUUCUGAGGGUGGUGUCGUUUUUGGUUCAUAUACAUCCCAAUGGCAUAGAAUUACAUUCCAUUUAGACUUGUUUA